UGUUUGUCAAAUUUAUAGUAAUAAUUCAAGUGGCAAAAAAAGAAUGACUCAACCCACGGCAAAGUCUCUGGCUGCCAGCUUGUGGCACACAUUGACCAAAUGCCCGGAAGAGUAUCUGCCACUGGUGUGGGGCUACAUUCUAGGCUUGAGUCUUUGCUUGUUGCUGCAAAACUGCGCCCAAGUAUUUGGAGUCUUUUACUUUAAGAGUUUCCGCAACUGGCACCAGCGGAUUUUCCCCGACUUGAGCCACACGAUUGUCCUUCGCUUGCGGCUGCUCGGGAAUUGCAUUAUGAUUGUCACCUGGGGGAUACUGCUGUCCGCCACGAUCUACACCCGCCCGGAGUACAUUCGCGUUUGGAUUACGAUCCGUGGCACCAUUUGCGCAUCGAAUUUACUCGCAAAGAUUGCAUUCACUCGCAGGCGGUUCCAUCUUCGCGAUCUUUUUCCCUUAUUUAAUAUUUAUUGCGCCAACUAUUUGCGGAUUUGCCAGGAGCGUAACCAAAAGAGGGACGCUGCUGGGAUUUAAUCAAGAUUGAAGCUCUACCUAGGUUUCAUUUUCGUGCCUUUGUUUUUUCUCAGCAACUGUGCUGCUCCCAGCUCUUGUUCACACGAGUUUUUGGGCAGCUUUGGCUGAUC